ACGAACCACAACACAGCUCAAUCAUGGCUGAUAACCAGUCCGCUAAUAUUCAAGCUCUGUUGUCCGCUUUAAAUGUGUUCACUAGUGCACCUGACAAGACCUCAUUGGAGAACGCGAAUUCCUGGCUGCAGGAUUUCCAACACUCUCCCGAAGCAUGGUCAACAUGUAACGUCCUCCUGCUAUCUCCUGAUGCACCACCAGCGGCCAAGCUUUUCGCCGCACAGACUUUCAGGUCGAAAGUUACGUAUGAUCUACAUCAAGUAGAUCCAUCAAAUCUUCUCCCCCUCAGGGACACUCUUGUCACUGCACUCGAAAGAUAUCAAAGUGGCCCGAAGAACAUCAUCACACAGUUAUGUCUGGCUCUCUCGGGGCUUGCCCUGCAACUCCCAGCUUGGGAUAAUGCUCUGCAGAGCAUCGUCGAGACAUUCGGAGCGAACCCUGCAACGGUUCCUGUCCUCCUGCAAUUUCUGACGAUCCUCCCGGAAGAAGUGUCGGGCAACACAAGGAUACCUGUGACCGAUGAUGAAUAUCGCGAGAGGUCUGCAAAACUCCUCUCAGACAACUCUGAGCAGGUACUUGAGCUGCUGUCCAUGUACUUGCAGGCAACUGGUGUCACGCACGCCGUUCAAAGCCAAAUCUUUGAUUGCCUCCGCAGCUGGUUAGUCGCAGGUGAAAUCAAUAUGCCCGCGUUUGGCAAAUCUCCUUUGCUUGCGUUCGCAUUCGAGGCCCUGGCUUCGGAAGAACUUUUCGACUCGGCAGUCGACGUCGUCUGUGAAAUGAUACAUGAGACGCAAGAAAUCGACGAUAAUAUGCCUGUGAUUGAACUCAUCGUUCCUCGAGUCAUCGCCUUGAGGCUUCGACUGGAUGAUCAAAAGGAUGAUCCAGAAAAGAUUCGAGGCUACGCAAAGAUCUUUGCGGAAGCGGGUGAAACGUACCGGCUACUCAUUCUUCAGCACACCGACACAUUCUAUCCUAUCGUUGAGGCAAUUGGCCAGUGCUCAGCCUACCCAGACCUCGAUAUCGUGCCCAUCACUUUCCCCUUCUGGAUGCGGCUGGCUCAGACUAUCGGCAAGAAAUCGUCCAUUUCGCCACUAUUUGUGGAAGCGUACCAGGCUUUGAUGGGAGUAGUCAUUCGCCAUUUGCAUUUCCCUCCUGAUCUCACCACUAUGACGGGCCAAGAGGCGGAUAACUUCCGCUCGUUUAGACAUGUGAUGGGAGACACUCUCAAGGACUGUUGUCUAGUUCUUGGUGCAGAUGCGUGUCUUCUUUCUGCUUACGGGCUCAUCACUGUUGCGCUCUCUCGCGCACCACAGUCCAUCUCUUGGCAAGAAAUUGAGGCCCCCCUCUUCGCCAUGCGUUCUAUGGGCGCCGAAGUUGACGUGAUGGACAAUACCGCCGUGCCCAAGAUAAUGGAUCUCAUUCCCUCCCUUCCGAUUCAUCCUCGAGUUCGUUAUGCUGCACUGCUCAUCAUAUCUCGCUACACCGAAUGGAUCAACCGCCACCCGGACUAUAUUGCAUACCAACUACAAUACAUUUCAGCAGGCUUUGAAGAUCCCGACACCGAAGUCAGUGCGGCUGCAGGGCAAGCAUUGAAGUACUUGUGCCAGGAUUGUAAACAGCACCUGAUCGAAUUCCUUCCUAUGUUGCAUACUUUCCUCAUAACAACCGGAGUAAAACUGGUUCAAGACGAUCGGCGGCAAGUAUACGAGGCCAUCGCUUACGUGAUUUCUGCAAUGUCUAUGGAGAAAGCUGCGGACUCGCUACGAACCUUUUCGCUUGACAUUCUUUCUCAAAUACAUGCUAUAAGUAGCAAGUCGACAGCAGUCACCAAACAAGAACUCAAGGAAGUCGGAUAUGGCUUGGAAAAUCUGGAGGUCAUGUUGCAUGUUGUAGGACCCUUUGGAGAUCAGCUACCUGCCGCCUGUCAGAACAGCUGUCAAGAAGCAUGGUCGAUUUUUGACGCCUUCAUCGCCAAGUUUGCGUUCGACUAUGACACUUCUGAGAGAGCCACUCGCGUACUUCGUCACGGCAUUACGCUGUUCGGCCAGACCGCCCUUACAGUUGCUCCAUCUGUCCUAUCACGGAUGGUGACGUCCUUCGAGGCAACAGGUUUCUCGUCUUUCUUGUGGAUUUCUGGGAAAUUUGUAGGGAGGUUUGGUCACGAGGCGGACCCAGCUUUGCGAAAUGCCUUUCAGACCCUGUACGAGAGAGCGACCAACAAAGUCGUUAGUCUCUUACAAUCAAAGGAUCCAAGAGACAUCCCUGAUGUACUGGAGGACUAUGUUCAGCUGUUGCUCCAGCUCAUACGGAUGGCACCGGAUGUUUUCUUCCAGUCCAGCGCAUUCCCAUUGGCGUUCCGAGCCACCAUGGCUGCCCUCACUCUGAUUCAUUCUGACCUCGUCUUUGCAUCCUUAGAUCUCUUCCGCGACAUCCUUACUCACGAGAGUCUUACUCCUAGUUCAUCGCCACCUCCCAAGUUCCCCAUCUACUGUUCCGCUAUCAAGGCCGUCAUGGAAAAGGAAGGAUUCGAGUUCGUCGGCUACGUGCUCUCGGGCCUUGUUGGAGACUUCCCUGAAGAUGCCGCUGCUGUUGUUGUCACCAUCUUCCGCGCCGUAGCGCUUUUGUGGUCUACGCAACUGGUCGCAUGGCUACCACCUAUUUUGCAACAGCUUCCUCCAUCCAGUGCCCCGAACCAAGCGAAGCAACAGUUUUUGUUAGAUGUGACCAACGCGUUGAACACCGCUCAAUACGACAAGGUCAAGUAUUCCGUUCUAGCUCUCCAUCGAGCUUCGCGCAAGGCUCGAGAUCGUAGACGUGUGACACCCCUGAACCAGGCGUGAGAUCCAAGUGAGGAAAGUUUUCACAUUUGAAACGGAUCAGGAAUUUAGUGAAGAGAAGAGAUGUGCAUACUUACAGUCUAAGGUGUAAUAGGAAUUUUGUACAUGCCAAAAAUGUUUCGCACUUGUCUGUGAAUGUGCCACAGGAUUUAUCACUCGGCGCUACAACCGAGGGAAAGAGGUAGACUCGCUACCAGUCGACGGCGGACGGGU